AUGAAGAACGACCUGAACCUUGUCAUCCGUCGCAAGCCCCCGUAUGGGGCAUGCGCAGACACGGUGGUUGUUAGCUCUGCAAUACCAAGCAAGGCCUGA